AUGAUAUCCAGGCAGCCUGCCUGCGAGCCAUGCCGCAAGUCCAAGCUCGCCUGCGAUCAUACCCACCCUGUGUGUACGCGUUGCCGUACCAGCAACCGAGCCGGACUGUGUCUCUAUCGCUCCACCCCCUUCAAGAGGAAGCGGCCUCUGACAUCAAACAAAAGCCCUGAAGAGCCGCGCUCGUCUCCGAGUCGCGACCCUUUGUUAACGCCCUCCGCCCGGUCCUCUCGUCGUCAGCGGUAUCCCAACCCCGGAUACAUCGGCUCCUCCAGUCAUGUGGCGAUCUUUAGUCAUAUACCCCCGACUGCAUCGGAUCAGACUGUGGCACCGCAGCUGGCUGAGCCUACGGCCCCUACAACAACGGUGGACAUGAACGAUGACGAUGUACUGCUUCAGCGCGCGGCGGACGCAACCCGGCUGCUGUUGGCUCAUGCACCUCUGCAAUCCAUGAAAGACCUGGUCAACUUGUGGCUGUCGAGUGGUGCUAACUUAGCACUGGGUGGUGCCUUGCUUGAAAAUACCAUCGACAGUAUUGACCUUGCAUUGACCUCCAUGUCUACCAAUGCGAAUUGGCAUCGACAUUAUGCUGAAUUUCUGCUGCGUAAUUCGGCGCAGGCCUUGCAUAGCAAUUCGUCUUUAACCUUGGCAGAAUUCUGCGCUCAGUUCACCGAACAUAAUAUUAGGUGGGAGACCUUGGGCCUCUUUGUUCUGGCGGUGAUUCGUGCCUCGUAUGAUGUGCCAUAUUUCGCACCGUUGUACUCAAAGGACCAUGGCAUAUAUGAUCUUCGAAAGCGAUGCUUCCGUGUCGCAAACUGUGCUCUCGAGAUAGCCUUGUCGUUGGACCAGCUCAAUGACCUGCAGCUAGUACUUCAGUACGAGAACCUUAUCGUUCAUUCGUACAUAGCAGGCGAUCAGAGCUAUCAGUAUUGGAGACGACUUGGGGAUGGUAUUGCGUCAAUCUUUGCUCUUGGUUAUCAUCAGACCAACGGUCUGGAGCGGAAUGCCCCUGUUUUUCUCCAAGAGCUGCGUCGAACUGCAUUCGCGCGAAUCUUCUCCGCCGAUAAGAAUAUGGCAAUUUUCCUCGGUCGGCCUCCGCGGAUGCCACGCCAUUUCUGCGACUUUCAGAUCCCUUCGGCUCCUGCGGGUACCAGCCACUGGGAUCUGUCUUCAGACCCAAGUGAAAUCACUCCCGAUUGGAGCCCAGCAGCUGUCCCCUCUUAUGUGGCUGAGUCACGGUGGUCUGCGUUGUGUGCAAGCCUCAAGGAAGAUAUCUUAUACCUGCAACGCGACAAGAAGAGCGACCACUUUACUGAUCUUGCUAGUAUUAUACAAGCACAAGCUGAGAGAUUGUGGGAUGAGCUCCCGCGACAGUUCCGGUUGGAGGGAAGCCUGAAGGAGACCACAAAGGACGGGUUUGAGAGGGACUCUCUCGCCAGCUUCCAGCUCAAUCACUUGCAUGUCCUGUUUCUUCUUCGUCUUGUGGUCCUACCCUCUCCUGCCACCCCCAGUCAGGAGCUUGUAACCCUCGCCGAGCAAAUUUUGGCCACUGUUGUCGCAUUAAUAAUGCUGCGCGACCAGCUCACAAAUUCGGGCACAAGUCUGAUGUGGAAGAUCGUGCAUUAUGGCCUUCCUGCCGCGGGCAUCAUUCUCUUAGCCGUGUUGAACCAACGUUGUUCGUCCGCUCCGGUCCCGGCCCCUCAUCCACGGGCGAUCCAGAAUCUGACUGUUUUGGCUGCGGAGCUGUCAGGUGGAUCAGUGGUGCAACUGCAAGAUCCUAAUUACGAUCUGAUUUCCAGGGCAUUGUCCACGAUCCACAACAUGCUGGAUUCAAUUACAGCGGAUGCAUUGCGGGGACCGGGAGCGCCGUCUCCCCGUACCACGACCCUCGCCGACUGGGAAGAAUUCCAAAGCCAGCUCUCGUGGGACCUGGACCUUGGGUUCUGGCAGAAUCUGGCCGAUACCCCAUUUCUGGGAGACUAA